AUGGCAUGUCCUGCUCUGCUUGUGCUCUGCAUCUCUGCAUCUCUUUGCAUCUCUCUGCAUCUGUCCCGCCCGCCCCCCAUGUUCGGCCGCAACAACGCCGACUUCGAUGACUAUCCCUCGGCCCGCGCCCAGGCAAACGCAAACUCCCAUCAGCCCACCCGGCCGGUAGACAAGGACAAGACAGAGACAGAACUCUCGACCAGCAUCAAGAAGGCCACCAGCCCGGAAGAAACCGCACCCAAACAGAAACACGUCAGAAAGUGCAUCGUGUACACAUGGGACUACCACUCUUCCCUCUCUGUCUGGAAUGGACUCCGUACUCAGCCGAUCCUUGCGGACGAAGUGCAGACUUUCAAGGCUCUUAUCGUCGUCCAUAAGCUUCUCCAGGAGGGACACCCAGUGACUCUCAAAGAAGCACACGCACAGACUGGAUGGAUAGAAACAUGUGGGCGAACAGUGGGAGAUACAGGAAAGGGCUACGGCGUUCUUAUCAAGGCGUACACGUCCUUCCUUCUCGCCAAGUUGCGAUUCCAUCGUCACCACCCCGAGUUCAAUGGCUUGUUUGAAUACGAGGAGUACAUCAGCUUGAAGAAUAUUGAUGACCCUAAUGAGGGUUAUGAGACUAUCACAGACUUGAUGACUCUUCAAGACCAGAUCGAGUCUUUCCAGAAACUCAUUUUUGCCGCAUUCCGUGGAUCUGUCAACAACGAGUGCCGAAUCUCUGCUUUGGUGCCUCUCGUCAAGGAGAGCUUUGGCAUUUACAAGUUUAUCACUUCCAUGCUUCGUGCCAUGCACCGACGGACCGAUGCUGCCGAUGCUCUCUCUCCACUGCGAGAGCGCUACAACGCCCAACACUACAACCUUCGUCGCUUCUACUACGAGUGCAGCAAUCUCAAAUAUCUCACCGGACUCAUCAACGUACCCAAACUGGGACAGGAACCCCCCAAUCUCAUUGAUAAUGGAGUCGCCCCUGAACUUCCGGAGCGACCCACAACCGAUAAACGACCAGAACGCAAGGAAACCCCCCGCCCCCCUUCUUCCCCUCAGCCUACUCAAGGCGAGAUUGAUGAGCAGCGACGCAUGUUGGAAGAGUACGAGCGAAAGCAGUCGAAUCUCGUAUCCCAACGUGAAGCGGACCAGCGUCGCCAAGAAGAUGAGAAGCGACGGCAGGAAGCCGAAUACGCCGAGCAGCAGCGCUUGCAGCAAGAGCGCGAAGCUCAGGCUCAAGCGCAGCUUCAGGAGCAGCUGCUUCGCGAUCAGAUGAGCCAACAGUGGACCAAUCAGCAGGCCUCACAGGCGGCUCAGGUUCAGCAAGAGAUGCUGGCUAUGCGAGGUCAGUAUGAGCGUGAUCAAAUGCUCCUGGCACAGUACGACGGGCGAGUCAAGGCCCUCGAACAGGAGUUGGCCUCUAUCGGUAUGAACGUUGGAGGGCAAAUGUCUGCCAAAGAUGACCUUAUCGCUCAACUACAGCAGCAGAUCGAGUCUUGGAAACGCAAGUAUGAGGCGCUCGCAAAGCUCUAUUCUCAAUUGCGUGGGGAGCAUCUCGACUUGCUCAACAAGUCCAAGGGUUUCCAGCUCAAGGCCAACUCUGCCCAAGAGGCUAUCGACAAGAUGGAGAGAAUGGAGCGGGAUGUCAAGUCAAAGAACCUGGAGCUCGCCGAUAUGAUUAGAGAGAGAGACAGAGCCAGAUACGAUUUGGACAGAGUAAAGUCGAGUCACCGCGAAGAGACAGAUCGGAUCAAAAGAGACUUGGCAUUUGCCAACGAACGCGCCGAAGACGCCUCUCGCCACAAGAGUACAGAAGUCUCGGACAUCAUGUCGAGGUACAAUCGCCAGCUCACCGAGCUCGAGGAUUCGUUACGAUCUAAACAGUUGCAAAUCGACGACUUGCUUCGCAAGCUUGACGAAAAGCAGUCCGAGAUCCAGCAUGCUAUGGAUGAGAAGGACCAGGAAAUCAUGAUCAUGCAGGAAGGAAUGGACUCUACUCUGCAAGAGCUCAGUGAUCUCAGACAAAACCAAGGCGACACUUCCCAGGCGUUUGAUGCUCAAGUCGACACCCUUAUUCUCAAUCACCGCAGAGAUCUCAACGCCAUCAUCGAUUCUAUAUUGCAGGCGUCAAUGAAGAAGGUUGACGACGCUAUCGUCGUCCUGGAGGCCCCCAUGCAGACGGGCAACACCACCGCUACUCCAGAGUACACCCUGUCGAUGAUCGAGAAGGCAAUGACGGAUGCCACCGAGUUCGCCUCGACCUUCAAUCGUUACCUCACCAAGAGCGGCGGUACCCAUGUCGAUGUCAUCCGGACAGCCAACGAGUUCUGUCAAUCUCUUUGGGAGACCCUCAUCAGUACCAAAGGUAUCACCCGUUUCGCUGAGAACGAUGAGGCUUCCGAAAAGCUCAUCAGUAUCGCCAAGCAAUCUGGUGACACUGGAUACCGGUUCUUCUAUAACCUUCAGUCGUUCCGAUUGUUGGCUGGUGGGAAGAGUGAAGAUGCUGCUUUGAGAAACAACGCCGAAACCCGCAGCACCCUCUCCAAGCUGUCCGAUACGGUCGAGAAGUUUGUUCCCAAAGCAAAGACUGCUCUCAACCAGACUACUGGUGACAUUGGCGAUAUCGUUGCCAAUGAGAUGCAAAACGCGGCUCGAGCCAUUGAAGAAGCUACCCAGCGAAUCCAUGACCUUAUGAAUCGUCCCAAAGACGGUGAUAGGUAUGGCUCGCUCAAUACGGAGGUGCACGACAGCAUUCUCAAAUUCACCCUCGAGAUUGCCAAUGCCAUCGGUCGUUUAAUCAACGCUGCGAAAGACAGCCAGGAGGAAAUUGUGCGAGAAGGAAAGGGAACCAGCACGACCCAGCAAUUUUAUAAAAAGAACAACCGUUGGACUGAGGGUUUGAUCUCUGCCGCCAAGGCCGUCGCUUACGCUACGGGCCUAUUGAUCGAGAGUGCCGACGGCGUCAUUUCUGGCACCCACUCCUUGGAGCAGCUCAUCGUCGCUUUGAACGAAGUCUCUGCUGCCACUGCACAGCUUGUCGCUGCCUCUAGAGUCAAGGCGUCUCUUAUGUCCAAGACUCAGCAGGCGCUCGAAAUGGCCGCGAAAGCUGUCACGGAUGCGUGUAAGAAGCUUGUCAAGCAGGUCAAGCUGCUGGCCAACGCACAAGGAGACGACGAAGCUGUCGACUACAAGGCUAUGCCGUCUCACGAGUUCAAGGUCAGAGAGAUGGAACAGCAGGUGGAAAUCUUGAAGCUGGAAAAGGAUCUUGGUGCCGCGAGGAGGAGAUUGGGGGAGAUGCGAAGGGCAGGCUAUCACCAAGAGACGGACUAGAUUUGUAUCGGUUGUGGAAGAGGAUGCCAGCGUCGAUGUUCUUGGAGAAGGAGUUUCAUAAAGUUG